CUCGCUUGCUCAGUCGCAGUGCACACAGCCAGUCUACAGCAUCCCUACCAGCCUGCCUCUCACACUCACACACUCUCCAUUCAGCUCCCUCAUCCACAAACACAGAUAGCAGAGCGACCAGCAGCUUACUCACUGAGCCAGAGCUAAGAGGAACAGAGAGCGCAGAGAGGGAGUGACAAAUAAGGUUUAUACGUACAUAAGAGAAGAUGAGGAUGCCUGUGGCCACGCAGCACCCCCUCUACCUCCUCCUGCUUCUACUGAGUGCCGGGGGUGGGGGUUUCUCCUCCCCCCUUGAUCUGGAACCCCCUGCUCCGGAGGCGGCUGCCCCGGCUGAGGCUGACCCCACCCAGGCCACUCCCCUGCCUGACCCCUGCGAGGGACGGCCCUGUCUCAACGGAGGUGCCUGCUUGGCCCAACCCUCCGACCCAGAGACAGAGGACACUCUGCCCAACACCUGGGCUUACAGCUGCACCUGCACCUCGGGCUUCUCCGGACGCAACUGUGAGUUUUUCACAGACCCCUGUGCCAGCAGCCCCUGUUUCCAUGGCAACUGUAGCCGCAGUGGUGAGGGCGAGGCUUACACCUGCGAGUGCAGCGAGGGGUACAAGGGGGAGAAAUGUGAGCAAGCCACCUUGGACCUGCUGCCUGUCUCCAAUUGGGACCCUGCCACACCCGCCAUUCCCACAACCGCCCCUCAGCCCUCCCAGCCAACCAUGGUGUCCACUACAACGCAGGCCCCUCCCACGCUGCAGCCGUGGCAGCCUAAGGCUGGACAGAGACUCUUGGUGGUGCAGUGGGAGAAAGAACAGGUGACAGAGGGACUGCAUUGUGUUAGUCCUGAGCUGUGUGAGCUGACCUCUGGAACUCUGACUCUCUCUCUAGAGGUGCCCGAGGAGACUGCCAUCAAGAUUGUGGUGAAUGUGAGUGGCGCUCCCGUCCUGUGGCGUGUUGACAAGGAUGGCUUCCAGCAUUCCUCCUUGGUGGAGGGGACCAUCAUGUGGUUCCAGCAGGUCUCAGAUGGACUGGUGGUCCCUGACCACUCCCUCCCCCUGGGACACAACUACUUCCUCAGUGUGUUGCGCAUGGGCGCCCCCAGUGGCUCGGAGGUCACCCUGCGUCUCAAUCUGACAGUGAAGGCCAGCAGCUGUGUGGAGCCUGGCAGCCGCUUCAGCGACCCACAAUGCUCUGGGAAGGGGAAGUGCAUCACUCAGCCCUCUGUGAGCACCUUCUUCUGUGAGUGUGAGGAUGGUUACUCUGGGAUAUUCUGUGAGGAGUUUGAUGCCUGCCGCCUUAGGCCCUGCCAGAACUACGCCAUCUGUAGUGACUUGAGGCAGGGGGACGAGGGCCGUAACUUCAGUUGUAUCUGCCCUCCAGGGUUCCAGGGUGAUCUUUGCCAGUUGCAGGUGGACCACUGCCUGUCUCAGCCCUGCAGAAACGGGGCUACCUGCUCCAGCAGCCUGGCAGGACCCAGGUGCUACUGCCUUGAGGGGUAUCAGGGCAGUAUGUGUGAACAGAGGGUGGACCCAUGUGCCUCCAGCCCCUGCCACAACAACGGGAGCUGCUUCCCCCAGGGUCCCGGCCUGGACUUUGGCUGCAGCUGUGCUGCCGGCUUCACCGGCCCAACCUGUGCCCAGCUGGUGGACUUCUGUGCCCUCAACCCCUGUGCCCAUGGGAUCUGCCGCAGUGUGGGCACCAGCUACAGAUGUCUGUGUGUCCCAGGGUACCAUGGUCUGUACUGUGAGGAGGAAUACAACGAGUGUUUGUCAGGCCCCUGCCAGAACUAUGCUACCUGCAGAGACCUCAUCAACGCUUACGAAUGUGUCUGCACUCCCCAGUAUGAAGGCAGACACUGUGAAAUCUACAGGGAUCCUUGUCUGAAGGCUCACUGUCAGAACGGAGGACGCUGUGAUAGUGUGGGCCUGAACGCCACCUGUGUCUGCCCAACUGGUUACCUGGGGGAGGACUGUGAGGUUGAUGUCAAUGAGUGUGAGAGCAACCCCUGUCAUCACGGUGGAACCUGCAUCGACCAAUCAAAUGCCUACACCUGCCACUGCCCCCCAGGCUGGAUAGGGGCCAGCUGUGAGAUACACUUGCAGUGGAAGACGGCCCACCCUGAGGACACCCUGACCAACAUGCCACGUCACUCCCUCUACAUCAUCAUCGGUGCCCUGUGCGUGGCCUUCGUCCUCAUGCUCAUCAUCCUCAUCGUGGGCAUCUGCCGCAUCAGCCGCAUCGAGUACCAGGGCUCAUCUCGCCAUGCCUACCAGGAGUUCUACAACUGCCGCAGCAUCGACAGCGAGUUCAGCAACGCCAUCGCCUCCAUCCGCCACGCCAGAUUUGGGAAGAAGUCCCGGCCAGCCAUGUACGACGCCGCACCCAUCACCUACGAGGACUACAGCCCUGACGACAAGCCCCUGGUCACUUUGAUCAAAACAAAAGAUUUGUAGAAAACACAGAGGCAGCACACCCACCCACACACAGUAUCACGCAUCACCUGUUCACACACACAACUAACUGGACAUGUUCGGAUGUGCACCAAUACACACAAAUUCAGUCAAUGCAAAAUGCAAACCAUUUAGUAUUUCUUCACAUAAACAUUGAAAAAAUAAAUGUGGACGAAACAAUAGUCCUGCGGGAAGAAAAAUACAAAUCUAUUUUACGGUUGGAAUAUCCAUAAAGCUACUGUGGCAUAAGAGCGCACCUUGCAUUAUGCUACUUCUCUCCAGUAGAAUGUGACUACAUUACCCAGGAUGCCAUUGGGGUCCUAAAGGUGGCGGUUCCUGACAUCCCCCACCAACCCAUGAGCUCAGUUUAAAGUGUAGAUUCAGCAGAGGCUGCUGAUAGGAGUUCUUACAGGUGUGGUAGAAAUAGGUGCACUUGUCAUAGUGCAGUACGAUAUAUAUACAUAUAUAUAUAUAUAUAUAUAUAUAUAUAUAUAUAUAAAUAUAUAUAUAUCUUUCUAUAUAAAAAAUCUGCAGUAGGUUGCCUUACUUGAUGCAUGGGUAGAUUUGAUGGUUUCUGCAUAAUUUUGAAACCCUCCGUACAUUGUGAUUGAUUUACUGUAUCUUUACCAGGUUUGUGCCAAAAUCGUCUCCUUCUUCAGGCAACAACGUGUGGUAGAAGUAGAACAGACGUAAAAACCACGAUGGGGGAAGCUUUAAAACAGUGUUUUAAAAAAACAAACAUUGGUUGUCAUGUUUUUGUUAUUUACAAGUUCUGUACAAGUAAAGAAGGAGAAAUAAUUGUAUUCAAAGUGUUGUAUGGUUUCCCUAUAUGAGGACAGUGUUUUUUGCAGGAGUGGUCGGAGUAGCCAAUGGGCGGGUCUUGUGUGGAUGACUGACAGGUGGGGAGGGCGGGUCUUGUGUGGAUGAUUGACAGGUGGAGGUCAGCUGGUGAGUCUGCUCCAGUAACAUGUGCUUCUGUGUCCCAGGUAUAGGUGUCUCUCUCUGUCUGUGUGCGGUUGUGUUGUUCCACUCAGGGUCAACCCCUGUGCAUUGGUUUUGGGGCGCCGGAUGGGCGGAACAUUUUAGACCAUUCCAUUGGUUCUUUAGUAUAAUCUCUGCCCACCCAGAGCACCGAGUGAGCUCUCCACUUGACUGAUGUUUAGCCAAAUAGGAUCAUUGUCCUUUUUUAAAAAGAGAAGAACCACAUGAUUAUUAUCUAUGUUCAAUGAUGUAACAAUAAAGGUUGAAGUGAACACAAACCUA